AUGCAGGCGGUGCUGAGCCUCCUGCUGCCCUGCAUCCUGGCCCAGGUGUGGCUGGUACCCAGCUCCACCCCUGGUCCCUACUCACAAGAGGCCCAGGAAGCGCUGGAGACUCUGACGACCCCCAGGGCCCAGACCAAUAUCAGUGAGGCAAUGCGGGCUCCAGAGGAGGAGGAGAAGAUGGUGGAGGGGGAGGAAGAGGACGCCCCUUGGCUAACAGCCAAGGGGCAGAAGCUCUCCAGGGAGACCUCCAACUUGGGGUUCAGCCUACUGCGUAAGAUCUCCAUGAGGCACGACGGCAACGUGGUCUUCUCCCCACUCGGCCUGUCCUGGGCUAUGGCAGCCUUGACCCUGGGGUCCAGGAGGCAGAGCAGACCCCAGCUGGAGAGGGGGCUCCGCCUGCAGGCCCUGAACCAGACCCUGUCCUCAGUGAACCAGACCCUGUCCUCAGUGAACCAGACCCGGCCAGCACACCUGCCCGCCCUCUUCAAGCAGCUCCGAGAAAGGCUCUUCCCCAGCCCAGAGCUGGGCUUGGCCCAGGGGAGUCUUGCUUUCAUCCACGAGGACUUUGAUGUCAAAGAGACCUUUCUCAAUUUCUCCAAGAGGUAUUUCGAUACGAAGUGUGUGACUAUAAAUUUUCGCAAUGCCUCCCAGGCCAAAGGGCUCAUGAAUCAUUACAUUAACAAAGAGACUCAGGGGAAACUUCCCAAACUCUUUGAUGAGAUUAAUCCUGACACCAAAUUAAUUCUUGUGGAUUACAUCUUACUCAAAGGGAAAUGGCUGACCCCUUUUGACCCUGUCCACACCGAGAUGGACACUUUCUACCUGGACAAGUACAAGGCAGUCAAGGUGCCCAUGAUGUACAGGGCAGGAAAGUUUGCCUCCACUUUUGACAAGAAUUUUCGUUGCCACGUCCUCAAACUGCCUUACCGAGGAAAUGCCACCAUGCUGGUGGUCCUCGUGGAGAGGAUAGGUGACCACCUUGCCCUUGAAGACUACUUGACCGCAGACCUGGUGGACACGUGGCUCAGGAACAUGAAAAUCAGAAAAAUGGAAGUUUUCUUUCCAAAGUUCAAGUUAGACCAGAAGUAUAAGAUGCAUGAGCUGCUUAAACAGAUGGGAAUCAGGAGACUCUUCUCACGCUGGGCUGACCUCAGUGAUCUCUCCGUUACUGAAAGAAAUCUUAAAGUAGCCAAGGUUUUACAAAGAGCGAUGAUUGAGGUGGAUGAAGAAGGAACGGAGGCAGUGGCGGGAACCCUGUCAGAAAUCACUGCUUAUUCUAUGCCUCCCAUCAUCAAAGUGGACCGGCCAUUUCACUUCAUCAUCUAUGAAGAAACCUCCAGAAUCCUGCUGUUUCUGGGCAGGGUGCUGAAUCCGACUCUCCCGUGACUGAUGACACGCCUGAGUCCUUAGAGCCACAGCAGAUGCUGGGGCUCAGGUGUUUGAACUCACACAGGACGUGGGCACUGGGUGUCCUCCCUUGUCCUCAAAUGCUAGUUUGAGCCAUUCCAAGAUAAAUCUGCAUAUUAAACUCAACCUUGUUUUAAGGAGAUGUUUGUACAAGCUGCCUGUUUCUAAGAGCCUUUGUUAUUAACUAAAGACCAUCUUGGUACCUGGACUUAAAACUAUGGUAGAUCAGAACUCUAUUUCAAGACGAAGCCUUUGGGAAGAAGACAAGUAUACAUCCUCCAUGGGACACGGGCUUGUCUCUUUACUUCUCCCAGUACAAAUUAGUGUUUUAUUAUGACCUACUAUAGAAUCAUUUCUUGGUGACUAAAAUUAGAAGAAAAUAGCCGUGGUCAGUCCUGCUGUGUUGUGGCUGCAUCCACUCCAUGGAGCUGUUAACUGAACCACAGAUCACCCA